UAUGAAAUCGCGCUUAAAAAGGUUUAAACUCGUCCGUGCUACGAAUGAAUCGACGUCUUGAAAGCAAAGCCCAAUGAUGACUUGAAACUUAAUACUACAGAGCAUAAUAUGAGUUUUUUCAAUAUAAUACUUUGAUUUUUCCUAAAGUGCAGAGCAUAAAACGAUGGAUGAAGAACGUGGAAUGAAGCCAUAUGACAAUAUGCAGGAUAUUUCAGUUCUUAGCACCCAGCUAAAACGGAAUCUUGCAUCUUGGGGCCUUCCAGAUACAAUAUUAAAAAAUUAUGAAAUGUCUGGGGUUGUGUCCAUGUUUCCAUGGCAGGUUGAAUGCCUGAGUAAUCCUAGAGUCCUUGGAGGAGGAAAUUUGAUUUAUUCAGCACCAACUUCUGCAGGUAAGACACUAGUUGCUGAGAUUCUCGCCAUCAAGACCAUUCUUGAAAAGAAGAAGAAGGUCAUCAUUAUCCUUCCAUUUGUAUCUGUUGUACGGGAAAAAAUGUUCUAUUUUCAGGACUUGCUCUCGAGUAGUGGUGUGCGAGUGGAAGGAUUGAUGGGAAGUCAUAGUCUCCCUGGUGGCUUCAAGAGUGUUGACAUUGCCAUUUGUACCAUUGAGAAGGCCAAUAGUCUCAUAAACAGGUUACUGGAAGAAGGGUAUCUUCACAAGGUUGGUGCUGUGGUUGUUGAUGAACUGCAUCUCUUAGGUGAUCCUUUUCGAGGUUAUUUGCUAGAACUGCUCCUCACCAAGAUACUCUACAUGUGUACUGUGGAGGACAGUGUGAAGAUACAGGUGGUGGGUAUGUCAGCUACCAUCCCCAACUUGGCUCUCUUAGCUACGUGGCUUGGUGCCGAUCUCUAUCAAACAGACUUCCGACCAGUUCCCCUGAAGGAGUUCUUGAAAAUUGGUCCUUCUGUAUAUGACAGUCAAAUGAAUAAGCUGUAUGAUAUGCAAGCUUCCAAAUACAUUCAGGAUGACCCAGACCAUAUAGUGCAGUUAUGUCUGGAGACUUUGACGAAUGGCUACUCAGUGCUGGCAUUCUGUGCCACUAAAAACUGGUGCGAGAAACUUGCACAGCAUAUUGCUAAAAUGUUCAGGACCAUUGGUUUAUCAGGGAGUGAAUUAGGCCAGCAGCUUCGUGAGCAGUUGGACUCAAAUGCUAUAGCUGAGGCUUUGGAACAGUUACAGAGAUGUCCAGUUGGGCUGGAUAAAGUGCUUCGGUGCACUGUGGCAUUUGGAGUGGCAUUUCAUCAUGCAGGUUUGACAGUUGAAGAGCGUGACAUUCUGGAAGGUUAUUUUCGUUCAGGAGCUGUGAGAGUAUUGGUAGCUACUUCAACUUUGAGUUCAGGUGUGAACCUUCCUGCUCGCCGUGUCAUUGUACGUUCACCUGUAUUCCAUGGAAAAUCACUGGAUUCUCAAACAUACAGGCAAAUGAUUGGUCGUGCAGGGCGUAUGGGGCGAGAUACUGCAGGCGAGAGUUUUCUUAUUUGUAACAAAGCAGAGGGACACAUUGGAGAGAAGCUGAUUGGAGCAGAUUUGAAACCUAUUGAGAGUUGCCUUGGGCAUGGUGAAUUGGCAGCCAGCUUAAAGAGAGCCAUAUUAGAGGUGAUUGCAAGUGGUGUGGCAUGCACUCCUGAGCAAGUGACUCAGUACACAAACUGCACGUUACUUGCUGCAACAAAAUCCAAUCUCCAAAACCCCAUAUCAGCCUGUGUUCAGUUCCUAGAGGCAAAUGAACUUAUUCGUCUUCAGGAAGAUGAAGAGGAUGCAGGGCAUAAGUAUGUGCCAACACUUUUAGGUCUUGGCUGCCUUGCUGCAUCUCUCCCUCCAGAUGAAGGCCUUCUUCUUUUUGAUGAGCUACAAAGGGCUCGUCAAUGCUUUGUGCUUGAUACUGAGCUUCACAUAAUAUACGAGGUAACACCAUACAGUGUUUGCUCUCAGUGGGGAAAUUUGGACUGGCUACAUGUAUUAAAUCAAUGGGAACAACUGUCACCAGCCAUGCGAAGGGUUGGAGAGUUGGUAGGAAUUGAUGAACGUUUCAUGGUGAGAGCCAUGCGUGGCACUCUUUCCCUUAGUUCAUCCAAACAGUUACAAAAGAUGUCUGUUCAUCGCCGAUUUUAUACAGCUCUUGCAUUGCAUGACCUGGUCAAUGAAGUUCCUUUAGCUGUUGUUGCAACAAAGUUUGGUUGCUCAAGAGGCAUGUUGCAGUCUCUACAGCAGUCAGCUGCUACUUUUGCAGGUAUGGUAACAGCUUUUUGCCGACGCCUUCGAUGGUCUAGUUUGGAGCUUCUAGUUUCUCAGUUCCAAGAUCGCCUCCAGUUUGGAGUUCAACGAGAAUUGUGUGACUUGAUGAGGCUUGAUGGGUUGAAUGGACUGAGGGCACGAGCUUUGUUUGAUGCAGGCAUCUGUACAAUUGCUGAUCUUGCUGCUUCAGAUGUGUGUGCUGUGGAAAAUGCCCUCCACAAAGCUGUGCCCUUCCAGAGUUGCAGAGAAUUGGAUGGAGAGACAUCCUUUGACACAAAACAGCGCAAGAAAUUAAGAAAUGUAUGGAUUACAGGACGUCAAGGACUCACUGAAAGGGAGGCUGCAUCUUUGUUAAUUUAUGAUUCUCGUUCCUUUCUUCAAAAAGAAUUGGGUUUAGCUGAUGCUAAAUGGGACAACCAAGAAAGUGAUAAAUCAGGUCAUGACAGUCAGUCCCCAUCAAAACAGAGUAUCCACAGUGAACAGGAACGAUAUCAACUCCAUGAUAAAACCUCCAAGUGUCCUGAACAAAAAACUAACCAGUUAUCCACUUCAUGUCGCCUUCAGUCAUCUCCAUUAUUGCUAAAAGAAAUUAAGCCAAAAAUGCCCCUUUCUGAUAUUAAUAAGAGGCUCACAGAACAGGAAAGAAGGAAUUCAUUAUGUUGUAUUUUAUCAGGAUAUAAAAUGCAGAAUUUUAAAACUGAAAUUGGAGAAACAAAAUUUAAAUAUCUGUCAUCUGAAUUAAGCAAUGAAGAUUAUGUUUCAUCGUCACCAUUGUUGAAAUGCAGCCAAAACAAGUCUUCACAGAUGUGUACAAGUCAAAAGCUUCGUUUUAGGUUAGGAAAAGCCAAGAAUUCUAAAAUACUUUCUGGUAGUAUUUCUAAAAACGCUUCUUGUAAGAGAAGCAUUUGUAAAUCAAAAAAGGUUAUUUUGUCUAAAGAGCUGAUAUCUGAAACCUUCGCUGCAGGUAAACCAUACCAAGCAGUACCUAUUAUUACAAACCAGGUACAGUGCAAUAAAAUGGACAGUUCUAAUUUCAGGACAGUUAAUGGUUCAUUAUCAAAAGAAAGCAGAUAUGAACAGAAUCUACUGAGCUCCUUGUCUGCCCUUAAUGAAACAUCUGACAAUAGUCUGUCUGUAACUAAUAAAGUAAAUCAGAGUACAGAUUAUUUUGGUUCACCUCUUGAAAUCUCAGAAAGUAAGCUGCAUGAAAAAACUCAACAAUUUAAGCAGAAUAACAAACCAGAGAUUAGCAACGAACCAUCUUCAGAAAAUUUAAAUAGAGAGGUGACCACUGUUCCAAAUGUAUGUAGCAACAAAGAGCAAUGUCUAAGGACUUCUCUGUCUUCUUUUAGAAUAACAAAUAAUACAGUGAUUAAAAAUAAUGAACAUUUGGCAAACAUAUGUCCUACUGACGAAUAUUUAUUAAAUUAUAAUAUGAAUCAAGAGCUUGAACUAUUAAAAGAGGAUACUGGAGAGUUAGAUCAUAAGACACUUGAUCAGAACAGGGAUACUUCGUUAGGUGUCCUAUGUGAAGGACUGGAAACAAAGGAGAAAAUUAUUCUAACAGAGACAGAUAACAAGAGGGUGAGUUCAGAUUUCUUCUCAUCACCAAUAUCAGGGGGAAACUGUAUCCUUCAUGCGGAAGGUGAUAAUCAGAGUCCAGUUUUAUUUGGGGACAGCCUUGUUGUGGACACACAACUUGUUAAAUUGUUGGAUGGAUGCUGUGAUGAACAUCAAAUAAUAGCAGAAGGGAAUUGUCAGAAUCAGGCACAAGAUUAUAAUAAAAUAUCAUCCACUGAUCACAUCAUCCAGCAAGUACCCGAUGAUGUGAAGGAUCAACAGUGUCUGACUUCAGUAUCUAAAUGUGGCAACAGUUUCAGUCAAGGUGAACAUAUUAAAAAUGGGAGAGAAUGCCAUAAGCAUAUAGAAGAAUCCAACCCUGUGAGAAGCCUUGUGUCUCAUUCGGAUAUUCUGAAUUCUGCAAAACUUCAUACAGAAGAUGUAGUCAAUGAAUUACAUUCCUGUGAAGCUGAAGUAAAUGAUAAAAUGAAGGAAAAUAUUUCAUUUAAGAAACAGAGUCAAUUUCAUACCUUAUCAAAGGGUACAAACACUGCUCAUAAUGCUAUGAAGUUGGGCAAUAAUGAUGGUGAAAUGCUAGACAAAAUAACCAGUUCUUCUGUAUAUCAUUCAGAAAUUGAAAGUUUGGAACUGCCUGCAGCUUCAAACAUUGUCAGAGACUCCAUGGGCAGGAAAGGAAUACUUGUUAAUUUAUCAUCUUCUGAUUCAACAGACAAGGAAGUUUCAGACCCUCAUAGUGUUUAUUCUGAGGAAAUACAUUUUCGUUCUGUUGAUGAGCAGACUGCCAUAUCACCUUUUAAAUAUAAUUUUAAAACAAAAAAAGGUUUGGUGUCUCCAGCUACCUACCAUUUGAAUGAAAAAUUGCAGGGAAAACUGUGUAAAAGUAAUACACCUUUGAAAGAAACUUUAAGAAGGAAGCGAAAAACAUCCAUAUCUAGUGAUUUCAGUUAUUCUGAAAGUGAAUUCAAUAAUAGAAAAAGGAAAAGAAUUUCCAAUAAAUGUAAAAUUGCUGGUGAUGAAAGUGAGGUGACUUGGGCAGAAACAGAGCUCUCAGUUUUGAAUGAAAAUGGCAAUGCAGAAUACUGGCUUCAUACAAAGAAUGAGAGAGCAUUUGAAUCCAAUAAAAAUAUGCCUCCAAAGAGACAGCAUCCUGACAAACAAGUGCACUUUACAAAUGUGAACCAGGGAGUAAAUCCUGUAAGGGUAAAUGAACUGCUAAAUGCAGAAGAUGCUGACUGCAUUACAGACUCCUUCUUUGAAGGAGCUUUUGAUACUUACUGGGAUUUGGAUAGUAAAAUUGCAGAAAUCAAAAGGGAAGAUAAAAUUAGCCUUGACUUGGGACUAGAUAAAGUUGGCACUAGUACAGGUAAAACCCGUACAUUACCUGAACUCCGUGUCCUCAUUCCUCCCAGUGUGUCCACUACACCAACACAUAAGCCAGACAGCAAAGAUGAGGUGACACCAGCAGAUAGUUCUUCACUCAGUCAGAGAUUAGGAGAUAAUUCAAAAGGAGGCAAGAAUGUUAGCCAGCCUCCUUUUAUUAUUAGCAACUCAUUUCUUGAAGCUGCUUUCAAUACUAUUUGGGAAGAAAAGUCAGAGUGUAAGGAAAUCAAGAAGGAAAUAGAUCAUGUGAAUCAAAAUGUAAACAGUGAUGCUGGAAGUAAUAUAUCAACAAAAGAUGUUGAUACUCAUAGUAACCUUAGGCACCAACAACUUAGUUUUGAUAACAAGGGAACCACAGGACAAUCAUCUAGUAAGGAGAAGAAGUCUGGGUGUGGCAGAAGAAGAUCUCCACGUCUUUUGUCAGCUGCUGCAGAUAAAGAAAAAGGAAAUUCUUGUGAGAGUUCUGUUGAGACAGUUGCCAAAAUGAAGAACUCACGAGGCUCAUUAGAUGCUGAAGAACAUAAUAACUGCCAAAAAACACAUUCCCUUGUGCCCAGUGUGUAUCCUGAAGUUCUGAAAAAUAAAAACAGAUCUAUUAGUAAAAGGCUGGAUUCUGGAGAGAAUUUGCGUGACUGUAGAUCACAAUCUCUUCUAGGAAGACGAAAUAAUAACGCAGACUUUCCAUCUUCACCUUGCCAUGUAGAGACAGAGUUUGUAGCCAGUGCAGAACCCAUUGUUAAAGAGCUGAAAUCUUCACCAGUCCAUAGUCCAACAGUAUGCAAGACAAAGGCAAAUAAAAUUUUUCAGUUCAGUAGUGAUAGCUCAGAUGUAGAAGCUGAGGAUGAUCUUAUUACUUCAUCACAAGAUUGUGAAGAUAGUGAAAGAAAACGAGGCAGUGGCAGACUGGGGAAAGUCAGAUGUAAGAUGUCAGGGAGAGACAUAAGAAGUGCAUCAAAAAGUCCAUCACAUUCCUCCCAGCAGCCGAGUAGAGCCCUGAAGCCUGUAUCAAAACUUGUGAUGAAUGAGGUCCAUUCCAGAAAAGCGAUUAUGUGGGAUUCUAUUAACAUCGUUUAUGUUUGUGGACAUGAGAGAGUAUGGGCUGCUUUCCAAUCUGAAUUGACUUCUGUUCAUUCAUCCACCAUGGCUAUAGCUGUUGCCUGUGAACGCUUGAGUCAACUCAACUCAUCUGAAAGCAUUAACAGUGCAAGAAUAGGAGACAGGAUCAUUGGCCGAAGGAACAAGAAACUUGAGAGCACCACACAAAAAAAGACAAUGUAUUAUGAGGACAGAAUUGUGUCAGGAAUUGCUCUUUGCUUUGGUGGGAAGGAUGUCUUCUACAUCAGUUUAAAACAAGGUGACCAGAACUGUGUAGACUUACAGUGCAAGCUUGAUUUAAUUCAAGAUUUACUGGCUAGAAAACAUGUUUGUGCAUUUGACCUCAAGGAACAUGUGAAAGCUUUAGCCCGAUGUUGCGGUGUAAUGGUGGAUGUUACUACAGGUCAUGACCCCAAAGUAGCUGAUUGGCUUCUGGAACCAGAGGGCAGAGAAAAGAACCUCCAUUCUAUGGUAUUAAAAUACUGUGGCAGUAGUGCUGGAAAUGUAGCAGAUUUGUUAGGAAGUUACUGGGGUGUUGGCAGUGCUGCUUUAGACUGGAGGAGCCCAACAUCAGCUAGGCUGAGAGCUUGUGUUGAAGCGGCUCUCACAUGGGAACUUGUUCAGGCUCAGCAUGUCAGUCUGGAAGAGAAGAAACUGAAUAGGAUCUAUACAGAAACUGAAAUGCCAGCAUUGCUGUGCCUAGCACAAAUGGAGCUAAAUGGCAUUGGAUUCAGUAGAGACAAGGCUGAACGCUUGCAUGACGUACUGAAGCAACAGUUAAAAGCAUUGGAGCAACAUGCAUAUAAGUUAGUGGGACAUACUUUCUCUUUCACGUCAUCUGCCGACGUACGCAAGGUUCUUUAUAGGGAGCUGGGUCUGACUACAAGCAAACUGAGUUCAAAACAUCGAUGUCCUAGCACCAGUAAGGAGGCUCUAAUGAAGAUUAAACAGGAUCAUCCAUUAUCAGGACUUAUCUUACAAUGGCGAAAGUUGAAUGCUCUAGUUACCAAGACAUUAUACCCAUUGCUGGCUCCUGGACAGACUAGUGAGCGAAUGUUUACCAGCUCAGUAAUUCACACGGCUACUGGACGCAUCUCCAUGCAUGAGCCAAAUCUCCAGAAUAUUCCAAGAGAUUUUGAAAUUGUAAUAGAUGAAACAAAAGCAGAAGUUCCUAUAUCCAUUAGCAUGAGAUCAGCUUUUGUCCCAGGACAAGGGAAGGUGUUUGUGUCAGCAGAUUACUGCCAGUUGGAGUUACGUUUACUGGCCCAUCUGGCAAAGGAUUCCAUUUUGUGUUCAGUUCUUAACUCAGGCAGUGAUGUGUUUCGUAGAGUUUCUGCCAUUUGGAAUCAAAUUUCAGAAACAGAUGUGACGACUGAACAGCGUCAGUGGGCAAAACAAGUGUGCUAUGGAAUGAUCUACGGAAUGGGAGCAAAGGCUCUUGGGGAACAACUGCAGGUGGAAGAGAGGGAAGCAGCAGUCUUCAUGGAUUCAUUCAAGAAUGCAUAUCCAGGUGUGAAGCAGUUCUUGCUGGAUACAGUAGCCCACUGUCGUAAGAAAGGAUAUGCAGAGACACUUUUUGGUCGGAGAAGGUACCUGCCAACCAUACACAGUCCAAAUGCAGCUAUCAGAGGUCAGUGGGCAUUUCUACAACAGCAUUUGAACAUUUGUUUACAUUUAUGUCAAAAUAUCCACAAAAUGUAAUGAAAUUUCUUAAAAUCUUCUGACUUCCACCGGAAC